AUGCCUUUGUAUGCAAAAUUUUUGAAGGAGCUCAUCAAUAAGAAAAGAAGUUGGCUUGAGAAGGAAACCAUAUUACUCACUGAGGAAUGCAGCGCCGUAAUUCAACGAGGUAUUCCACCAAAACUCAAAGAUCCGGGGGGUUUUGUAGUGUCGUGCACCAUUGGAAAAACAAAUCUCAACAAAGCUCUCUGUGACCUUGGUGCCAGCAUCAAUUUAAUGUCUCUUUCAAUGAUGAGAAAGCUUGAUAUAGAAGAGCUCAAACCCACCAGGAUGUCAUUAGUUAUGGCUGACAGAUCCAUUAAGACACCUAAUGGAAUUGUGGAAAAUUUGUUGGUGAAGAUUGGGGAAUUUAUCUUCCCAGCAGAUUUUGUGAUUUUGGAUACUGAAGAGGAAGGAAGUGACUCUAUCAUUUUGGGAAGGCCAUUUUUACACACAGCAAGAGCCAUCAUUGAUGUAGAAAAAGGAGAGAUAAUCUUCAGAAUCCAUGAUGAACAAAUGAUCAUAAAUGUUUUCAAGUCAAUGCAAAACAUCCCUGAGCAAGAGGAUUAUGUCAAAGUGGAUAUGAUAGAGAGUUUGGUGGAAGAAAUACUGGAAGAAAGUUCUCAGGAGGAAGAAGGAAAUCAAGGUGCAACAGAAGAACAAGUGGCUGAGACCUUCAUUGAAGAUGAGAAACAGGACAGGAAGGAAGAAGUACGGAAACAAGAACUGAAGCCAUGA